AUGGCAACCUUCGCAACUGCAACUGCAACCGCCUCUGCGCCGGCCGUUGUGCCGCGCGUGCCUAUCCCUACCAACGGCGUUGACUACCGCAACAAAAUCGUCCUUGCCCCUAUGGUCCGAUCAGGCGAACUACCCUCCCGCCUACUGGCGCUGAAAUAUGGCGCCGACCUCGUCUGGGGUCCCGAAACAAUCGACCGCUCGAUGAUCGGUGCCGAACGACGCGUGAACCCACGAAACGGCACAAUCGAAUUCACCCGUAUGCCCAGCAACGGCGGACGCCCCAACAAACCGAUCAAAGAAUCCAUCAUCUACCGUAUCGAUCCAGUGCGUGAGAAAGGCCGACUCAUUUACCAAAUUGGCACGGCCGACCCUGAGCUGGCAGUACAAUCGGCGCGCGUCGUGGCUGCCGACGUCUCAGGCAUCGACCUCAACUCUGGCUGCCCAAAACCCUUCUCUACAAGCGGCGGAAUGGGCGCUGCGCUCCUCCGCACUCCCGACCUCCUCGUCUCAAUCCUGGAAGCCCUCGUCAAGGAAGUCGGCGAACCCUUCCAAAUCGGCAUCUCAGUCAAGAUCCGCAUUCUCUCCAAGCCCGAAGAGACAGAGGCUCUCGUCUCCCGCCUCGUGAAAACAGGCAUCACAGCCUUGACAGUGCACUGUCGCACGACUCCCAUGCGGCCACGCGAACGCGCUAUUCGCGACCAGCUCCCCAUGGUAGCGCGCAUUUGCCACGAGGCCGGUGUGGCGUGCGUGAUGAACGGCGAUGUGACAUCGCGCGACCAGGGCCUGGCGCUGAUGGCUGAGCAUGGCGUUGACGGAGCAAUGAUUGCGACCUCUGCGGAGACCAACUCGUCUUGUUUCCGGACUCAGGAGGAUGGCGGCAUCGCGCCGUGGCGGGAUGUCGUCUAUGAUUACCUGCAGUUCUGUAUAGAAGCCGAGAAUCGUUUGGGCAAUACCAAGUACUUGCUCAAUAUGCUGAUUCCCGGAAAGAACAAGGAGUUCAAGGAUACGAAACUGUCCAAGACGUAUCUUGAUAUCUGCCGCGGCUUGAAAUUUGAUGAUUUGCUUCCUGCUGCUGCGCGUGUUGAUCAGAUACUCGGUCUGGAUGAAAAGUGGGAGACUGCCCCCGAUGUGACCGAUACAUCAGAGACCCAGCCUGAGAUUAAGUCCAAGGCAGUGCAGAAUGCCAUGGAUUCUGAAGCUGCCCGUGCGGCUGGUGGCGGUGCCGUUCGGAGCAAGACCCCCUUGCCAGCUGUUCAUGGAGGUGGCCCCAUCCGGCGGUCUUCUGCUCCCCAGCCGGCCAAGGUUACUCAAGUUGAUGCUGAGCAGCCAGCUGUGGAUGCCACAAUUCCCGCUGCACAGACACAGGCUCCAUCUCAGGUGACGGUUUAA